CACGUGAUCUACGAUACUUUCAGCAAAACCUCGAGACUUGCUUGACCACACAAGCCUUCUUUUGUUCUGUUUCUGGAUUGGCUGGGACUCGCCAAAAAUAUGCAAGAGGACCCCAGAAAUGAGACAAAAUCAUUUCUACAACGCGUCGACGACAAAGGCAGCGACAACGUGGAAUUAGACACCUUACAGGACAUUCUGGUCACACCUCAUGCACGCUACAGGACGGCUGAGUAUGACUCGCAGGACUUUGACGACGAUGUAGAGCAUAUAGGCGAUGGCAGCGAUGCUCUAUUGGGCUCGGGUGGAAGAACCAGGGGAAACGAGCGAAUACCGUCUGGCACAGGAAGGGUUUGGCCACAAGUUGGUAGCAUUGUUGUCGAAUGUGCACCCACGCUUCUUAUGACUACCAUAAGCCUCCUAUUCACCGGGGAACUCCUUGACCGUGUAUCACGUUGGCGGGCAAUGAGUACAAUCGAUGAGCUGAUAAUGAUUAUUCCUGUUGUCUUGAACCUCAAAGGCAACUUGGAAAUGAACCUUUCUGCUAGAAUGGGAACUGCGGCUAAUAUGGGCGAGCUAGACGACAGGAGCGCACAACGCAAAAUUGUGGGUGGUAAUCUGGCACUAUUACAAGUGCAAGCGACUGUCGUCGCAUUUGUCGCAGCUUGUGUCGCGAUGCUCCUCGGUCUUUUGGUCCCAGAGCUAUCUUCGGGUCCUGUAGACCCUUUUCCACAGAACAGCACCCUAUCGCUAACUGCUAGGUUGCCUCGGCCGCCACCGCCUCUAGGUGGGAAACCGAAGUCUGGUUUGAUCGAAUUCACGAUGGUGGCCUCUUCAGCUAUGAUGUCCGCAUGUCUGUCGAGCAUUGUCCUCGGUUCCUUCAUGUGUUUGCUUGUUAUCAUAUGUCGACGAUAUGGGCGUGACCCAGAUAAUAUUGCGCCCCCCAUAGCAUCGUGCCUCGGAGACUUGGUCACACUCAGCCUUCUUGGUGUCAUUUCCUCCAUACUCAUCAACGUCGUCAAUACUCCCAUUCCUCUCAUUUGUGUCAUACUCACUAUUAUCUCCGCCACGGUAUGCGUGUUCCUGGUGAGGCGUAACAACAGCGUCAAGGAUCUGAUCUACCAGGGCUGGGUUCCACUCUUUGGUGCAAUGGUAAUUUCUUGCGCUAGUGGUAUUGUGCUUGAUAUGUUUGCCUCUCGUUAUCAAGGAUUCCCUCUUCUUGCCAUCGUUAUCAGUGGGCUUCCUGGCAGCGUUGGGUCUAUAUUUGUUUCCCGACUCUCGACUGCUCUUCAUGCAGCAUCUGCGAACGCAUGCCUGCACAAAAGCGAACCUUCCCCAAAACUUGUCAUGGUUACGUUGACUGUCAUUACAAUUCCCAUAGAGAUCUUGUUCCUCUGUACUCUACGCGCGUUUGGGUGGUUGAAGCUACCCAUCAUAUUUGCGAUAUUAUCAGUAUUAUUUUUUUGUUGUGCAGUCUUCACCUCAUUAGUUGUAGCUCGAUGGUUGACCAAUUUCUUGUGGUCUAAAGGUCUUGACCCUGAUACAUAUGCUCUGCCCAUCCACUCUGCCCUGAUGGACCUGAUAGGGCAAUUACUCCUUGUAUUGUGCUUCGAGAUCAUCUCACUUUUGGGCAUGAACUUGUAAAUCCAAAUAUUGCAAAUACCAUACA